AUGAAUUAAUUAGACUUCUCAAAACUUAGAAGCUAAAUUAAUUACUCUCCUUCAGAAAUUAAAAUUAGAAAAACGCCACAAUAUAUUGAACUUAAAAAUAAAUUGAUAGGUGGAGUUUAAGUAAUCAAAUAUUAGAAAGAUUUAUUGGAUGUAAAUCUCACAUCUAAUUUUGGAGAAGAAAGGACUAGAUAAAUUAAAGAACCAGUAUUAAGUGUUUUUAUUAAUAGGUUUGCAUUAUCGAUUGUAAUCAUGAAAUAUUUGAUUUAUAUGAUAUUUUUUUUUAUUAAGAGCAAGCAGCUUGUUCAACAUGUAAAAAGUAGGCCACUAAAAAAAACAUCAAAAAAGAAGAAUAUUAUUCUUAUAUCAUUAAGCAUAUGAGUGAAAAAAGCUUUAGUUGUUCGAUAAUAGGACAAUAUUUUUUCCAUUCAUUUUCAGAAAAAAUUUAAUCAAAAGCUAGAGAGUUACUUCUAAAAAAAGAAUACAAAAUAUUAUUAGAACAAAUAAUACAAAACUCUAAUGCAAAUAAGAAUUAAUUAAAAAAUACUUUUCUAUAAUUAAUUGAUUAAAAAGAAAAAGAGCAUAAUUAGAAUAACACCAUUAAUAUAACUAAAGUUUUAGAAUUUUCUUUUCAGUGUCUUAUUAAUUGCUAAAAAAUUAUCAUCCCUAUUUAUUUACAACAAUGUAAACAUUUAGAAUGUUAUGAAUUUACGAAUAUAUUGCAAUUGAUAGAUGAUAACUUAAAUUUGCCAAGGAAAUUUUAGAGAUAAUCUGUAAAAUGUUUUUUUUAAGAUUGUAAAACUAAAAUUCCUCUUAACAUCACCUAAUUACAACAGUAAUUAAUAUUCCCUUUUGAAAUUGCUAAUGCAAUUUCAAGAGAUUACCCUUUUUCUUUGAAACUUUAAUGGAAUUUUUAACAAAAUUAAUUCUAAAAUUAGAAAGCUAAAGUUUUUGUCUAUUUAAAAAAUCCAUCUCUAUAGGAAUCUUUAUAAAAAAUAAAGAUGGAGUAUGAUUUUCUAAUUAUUCUUAAGCAAAUAAUUAAUAAAGAGUUAGACAAUAAUUUAUAAAACAAAUUAAAAUUUUCUAAAUAUUCGGUUAGUUUAUAAGAAAUUUAAUUUCCUUGUAGAUGCAACUAUUGUGAAUUAUAAAAUGUAAAAGAUAUUAAACAGUUUAUUAUAAAUUAUUUUAUUCGAGAAAAAAAAGAUUAAUUUCAAUGUCCAGCUUGUAAUUUUAUGCAUAAAAAGGUUUAAUCAUUAGUAGAAAUUAUUUAUUUUGAUAGAUAUCUUUAUUAAGCUCAAAUAAAUGCAUAAGAUCUACAAUAAUUAGAAUACAAUAAAUAAGAUACUAAGCUUUUUAGAUUUUUUUUAUAACAUCAACAAGUCGACUUUUAAUAAGUAAAAAAAGAUUAUUAAUAAAAUAAAAUUUACCCAUAUGAAUGUUCAUAAUGCAUACUGAAUAUAAAAAAAAAGAUCAAAGAACCAUUAACAUUAAUUUUUUGUUAACAAAAACGAUCAAUAGAUUUUAAAUCCUUUAAAAAGUUUUUGGAAAAAAAUAAUUUUAAUUUAAAAAAUUUUCCUCAAUGUACCUGUGUCUUUUGUAAUGGCAAAAUUUUAAAUAUUACAGACUUUUACAGUGAUUCUGUAUUUAAAGAGCUUUUAUCUAAAGAGUUGGAUCCGGCUAAAGAAGAGUAUAUAAAAUAAUAUCUUAUCAAAAACUAUUUGUAAAACCCACUAGACGAUGAAAGAAUUCCUCAAUUCGAUUUAAUGAUUCUAAAAUAUUAAGAGUAACUAUAAUUAAUUUCAAAAUAAUAAUAAAAUUUAUAAGAUAAAUAGUAGGAUUAUGAAUAACAAAAUCCAAAUUAAAAUUAAUUUUAACCAUAAAAGUAUAAAAAUUAUCAAAAUCCUCCACAAUAAAAUAUUCAAAAUAUAGUUUUCUAGCCAUAAUAUAAUAAACCAAGAAUUAAAAAAAUUUCAAAGAUAGAAGAAUAAAAUAAUUUUAAUGAAUAAUAAAAUAUUUAAUAACCUUUUUUUUAUUUAGUAAAUGGUGAAUUGAUUCCAAAAUAAUUAUAUGAUAUGAGAAAUUCAUGA